GAAGGGGCCGGAGCAGCUGAAGAGUUGCGAGUCGGCGAAACCGGCGGGAAGUUCGUAUUGAGCGGAAGGCGACGGGUCUGCAGCUCGGGUGAAAAUGCCUCGUGUAAAAGCAGCUCAAGCUGGAAGACAGGGCCCUGCAAAGAGACGUCUUGCAGAACAUUUUGCAGCCGGGGAGAUAAUCACUGACAUGAACAAAAAGGAAUGGAAACUAGGAUCAUCCAUUGGCCAAGGUGGCUUUGGUUGUAUAUAUCUUGCUGAUAUGAAUUCUUCAAAAUCGGUGGGCAGCGAUGCACCCUGUGUUGUAAAAGUGGAACCCAGUGACAAUGGACCUCUUUUUACUGAAUUAAAGUUCUACCAGCGAGCUGCCAAACCAGAACAAAUUCAGAAAUGGAUUCGUACCCAUAAACUGAAGUACCUGGGUGUCCCUAAGUAUUGGGGGUCUGGUCUACAUGAAAAAAAUGGAAAAAGUUACAGGUUUAUGAUAAUGGAUCGCUUUGGGAGUGACCUUCAGAAAAUAUAUGAAGCAAAUGCCAAAAGGUUUUCUCGGAAAACUGUCUUGCAGCUAAGCUUAAGAAUUCUGGAUAUUCUGGAAUAUAUUCACGAGCAUGAGUACGUACACGGAGAUAUCAAGGCCUCAAAUCUUCUUCUCAGCUACAAGAAUCCUGACCAGGUGUACUUGGUAGAUUAUGGCCUUGCUUAUCGGUACUGCCCAGAAGGAAUUCAUAAAGAAUACAAAGAAGACCCCAAAAGAUGUCACGAUGGCACGAUUGAAUUCACCAGCAUCGAUGCGCACAAUGGUGUGGCCCCAUCAAGACGUGGUGACCUGGAAAUCCUUGGUUAUUGCAUGAUCCAGUGGCUUAGUGGCCAUCUUCCUUGGGAGGAUAAUUUGAAAGAUCCCAACUAUGUUAGAGAUUCCAAAAUUAGAUACAGAGAAAAUAUUGCAGGUUUGAUGGACAAAUGUUUUCCUGAGAAGAACAAGCCAGAUGAAAUUGCUAAGUACAUGGAAACAGUGAAAUUACUGGAUUAUGCCGAAAAACCUCUUUAUCAAAAGUUACGAGAUAUUCUUUUGCAAGGACUGAAAGCUAUAGGAAGUAAGGAUGACAGCAAGCUGGACCUCAGUGUUGUGGAGAAUGGAAGUUUGAAAGCAAAAACAGUAACAAAGAAGAGAAAGAAAGAAAGAGAGCAGAGCACACAACCUGGUGUUGAAGAUAUGGAAUGCUCAGAUACACAGACAGAAGAGGCCACACAAACCCGUUCGAAAACCAGGAAGAGAGUCCAGAAGUAAAUCAAAUACUGUGAACCAGUUUUUCUUUUCUUCCUUUCAUUUGACUCUUUCCUCCUUUCAUUUGACUUUUUCCUCUUUUUCUGUAUUAAGUGUUUUAUUUUCAUGUGAGUCUUGUGGAGUGGGGGAAACAAUGAAGUACCUAUGUCUUUGAAAAGCAGACUUUUUUUUAUUAAAUACUUUGUAGAAUUUACUAAAGCCUAAUUUAUAAAAUUUCACAGUAUUAAGGUUAUACCCUUUAAGCUGUCCCAUGCUGUGUGUUUGAGGUUCUGGGGUACAUAUAAGAAAUAUUACUAUGACAUGCACUUUUCUAAUCGUUGUAUAUUUCCUAGAGUGUAUAAAAUGUUUGGCAAAGUCCUUACUUUUAAGGAAAUACACAAAUUAAAAUAAAGGUCUCUUUUUGCUUGUUACAAA